AUGCGCUACGCAGACCCCUCGGCCAGCCGAGAUUUGUUGGGGAACCGAACUUUGCUCUUCAUCUUCAUCUGCGCUUUUGCCUUGGUGACCUUGCUGCAACAGAUCCUGUAUGGCAGGAACUACAUCAAGAGAGGCCUCCAGCUUGGUUGGCAGAAUGGUGACCCACUGGCCAAUUGGACGGGGCUCUUUAAUGUCACCGACAACCCAGCAGUGGCAGUGCAGAGCGGCAGUGACUCCAGCUCCAGGUACUUUGAAUUUUAUGAGGGGCCUUUUGAAUAUAACUCCACGAGAUGUCUGGAGCUGAGGCACGAGAUCCUGGAGGUGAAGGUGCUGUCAAUGGUGAAGCAAUCGGAACUGUUUGACAGGUGGAAAAGUCUCCAGACAUGCAAGUGGGCUAUGAACAUCUCUGAAGCCAACCAAUUCAAAUCCACUCUGUCCAGGUGUUGCAAUGCUCCCGCCUUUCUCUUCACCACACAGAAGAACACUCCAGUGGGGACGAAGCUCAAGUAUGAGGUAGAGACCAGUGGCACAUACCAUAUCAAUCCGGAGAUCUUCCGUAUGUUCCCUAAGGACAUGCCUUACUACCGGUCCCAGUUUAAGAAGUGUGCGGUGGUGGGCAAUGGAGGCAUCUUGAAGAACAGCCGCUGUGGGAGGGAGAUCAACAGUGCUGACUUUGUCUUCCGGUGUAACCUCCCCCCCAUCUCAGAGAAGUAUACCGCGGAUGUAGGGGUGAAGACAGAUGUGGUCACUGUGAACCCCAGCAUCAUCACUGAGAGGUUCCACAAGCUGGAGAAGUGGCGGCGACCUUUCUACCGCGUGCUGCAGGUGUAUGAGAACGCAUCGGUGCUGCUGCCCGCCUUCUACAACACGCGCAACACCGACGUGUCCAUCCGCGUCAAGUACGUGCUGGACGACUUUGAGUCUUCGCAGGCCGUCUACUAUUUCCAUCCUCAGUACCUGGUCAAUGUGUCACGUUACUGGCUUACCCUGGGGGUGCGUGCGAAGCGCAUCAGCACGGGCCUCAUUCUGGUCACCGCGGCGCUGGAGCUCUGCGAGGAAGUGCACCUGUUUGGCUUCUGGGCUUUCCCCAUGAACCCUUCAGGUUUCUACAUCACUCACCAUUACUAUGACAACAUCAAGCCCCGCCCUGGCUUCCACGCCAUGCCCUCUGAGAUCUUCAACUUCCUGCACUUGCACAGCCGGGGCAUCCUCCGCGUGCACACUGGCACCUGCAGCUGCUGCUGA